CUCUGGUCUUUCAGGCGCUUAUGAUGCGCUGAAAGGUUGUCCGCUGCUCGGCGCUUCUACACGACUGUUUAAUGUCUAAAUUCGGCUUGAGGAGCUUACUUGGCACUUUUCUACAGACGGGAAAAGCCAUCGCGACCGUCCACUGUGCGUGGAGUCCGCCUACAGUCACUGUAAGGGCGCGUGGAUGUUGAUUGUGUGAGUGGUUAAGUUGAAAAGUGGCUCUAGCUUAUUAAGGUUCAUUUAGCUCGUUGUUAGCCUGCUAGCUAGCGAGCAUGACCGCUCUCUAAACUCGCCUGUCCAAGAGGGUUUUCUACCAAUCUUGUCAUCUCUGGAGCCAUUUCACAGCUGAGACAAGCACUGAUGUAGCAGUGUUGCGACAGUUGUGGUGCUCUCCCUCUACCUCCGCUCCCCAGUGCCUGACUGCAUGACCUCAGACCAGAGAUAGAUCCACCAGGGGAAACAGCCCCUUCCUCACCCGGGACCCCUUUCAUCUGGACUCCUGACUGCGACGCUCAGUCACCGCCUCAAGUUUUUUUUUUUCCCACUUUGGAGUUGAACACCUCCACUUGGGUCAGUGGAGGUGUUGAAGAGCCGCCCCCCCUUCCCCCCUACCCCACCCAUUUAUCCUCUUGAAUCUUUUUUAUAAUAUUUUUUCUCCUGGUUGGCUUGAGCCCGGUUCUGCCGGCCGUGUGACUUUUCGAAACUGGGGCGCGAUUCAUGGGAUGCAACCAUGUCGGAUCUCAGUGAGCGCAGGCCGGUCAACACGGACUACGCUGUCUCCCUGCUGGAGCAGCUCAAGUUCUUUUACGAACAAAAAUUACUGACUGACGUUGUGCUGCUGGUGGAGGACACGGAGUUCCCAUGUCACAAGAUGGUCCUGGCCACAUGUAGCUCCUAUUUCAGGGCGAUGUUCAUGAGCGGCCUCAGCGAGAGCAAACAGACCCACGUCCACCUGAGGAACGUCGACCCGGCCACCCUGCAGAUCAUCAUCACCUACGCCUACACGGGCAACCUGGCCAUCAGCGACCGCACCGUGGAGCCGCUCUAUGAGACCGCCUGCUUCCUACAGGUGGAGGACGUCUUGCUGCAGUGCAGAGACUACCUGGUGAAGAAGAUAAACGCUGAGAACUGCGUCCGCAUGCUGAGCAUCGGCGACUUGUUCAGCUGCAGCGAGCUAAAGCAGAGCGCUAAGCGCAUGGUGGAGCACAAGUUCCCCAUGGUGUACAGGCAGGAGGCCUUCCUCCAGCUCUCCCACGAGCUCUUGAUAGACGUCCUGAGCAGCGACAACCUCAACGUGGAGAAGGAGGAGACGGUGCGUGAGGCGGCCAUGCUGUGGCUGGAGUACAACAUGGAGGCGCGGUCGCAGCAUCUGUCCUCGGUGCUCAGUCAGAUCCGCAUCGACGCGCUGUCUGAGGUGACGCAGCGAGCCUGGUUCCAAGGUCUGCCGCCCAACGACAAGUCUGUUGUGGUGCAGGGCCUCUACAAGUCCAUGCCCAAGUUCUUCAAACCUCGGUUAGGCAUGACCAAGGAGGAGAUGUUGAUCUUCAUGGAGGCCAUGUCCGAAACGCAGGGCGAUGGAUAUGUAAUGGCUGGCUCUUUGCCCACUACGGUGGUGUGUUACAGCCCACAAGCGGAGAAAGUGUACAAGCUCAACAACCCCCCGGGAGACCUGCAGAAGGUGGGGACCCUCGUUACACCAGACAAUGAUGUGUUCAUCGCCGGCGGACAGAUCCCUCUCAAAAACUCUAUCAACAACCACGGCAAGAGCGGAAAGUUACAGGCGGUCUUCCGCUCGGUCGAUAGUUUCUUCUGGUUUGACGCCCAACAAAACGCCUGGGUACCCAAAACCCCCAUGCUGUGUGCCCGAAUCAAGCCCUCCCUGGUCUACUGUGAGGGCUACAUCUAUGCAAUCGGGGGCGACAACGUCGGAGGAGAGCUGAACAAGCGAACGGUGGAGCGCUACGACUGCGAGAAGGACGAGUGGAGCAUGAUGAGCCCGCUGCCCUUCGCCUGGAACUGGAGCACCUCCGUGGUGGCGCACGACUGCAUCUACGUGAUGACCCACGACCUGAUGUACUGCUACUUCCCCCGCGCGGACACCUGGGUGGAGAUGGCCAUGCGCAAGACCAGCCGCUGCUUCGCCUCCGCCGCUGCUUUCGGUGACCUCAUUUUCUACAUCGGCGGCCUCCACGUGGUCAGCAACUCUGGCAUCCGCCUGCCCACGAGCACCAUCGACGGCUCCUCCGUCACCGUUGAGAUCUACGACGUCAAUAAGAACGAGUGGCGCCUGGCCGCCAACAUCCCCGCUAAGCGUUAUUCGGACCCGUGCGUGCGGGCGGUGGUGCUGCUCAACUCGCUGUGCAUUUUCAUGCGCGAGACCCACAUGAACGAGCGCGCCAAGUACGCUAUCUAUCAGUACGACAUGGAGCUGGACCGCUGGUACCUGCGGCAGCCCGUGUCCGAACGGGUGCUCUGGGAUCUGGGGAAGGACUUCCGCUGUGCGGUGGGGAAGCUGUACCCCUCCUGCCUGGAGGAGUCCCCUUGGAAACCCCCAACCUACCUCUUCUCCCCCGACGGAGCCGAGGAGUUCGAGGUGGACGGGGAGCUGGUGACCCUCCCUCACGUAUAGCUCUUAACCUCUCCUCCCCUACCUCGCUGACUGAACCAGGAAUCUGUAACGCUGAGGGAUGAACAUGAGGGGGGGGCAGACCAGUUCUCUAAGAUAUGAAAGGGUCUGACGUUCUCGGCUACAGAUGUCGCUGGUGAACAAUGCAGCCCAAAACAAGCUCGAAAAGAUGCCCCCUCAAAAAUACUAGUAAUCUGAAAAUUUGUUUUUUUUUUCUUAUUAUUAUUUUGUCAGUUGUGACAUCUGUUAGAUAUUAUUACAAGUCUGUCAUACUGUUUCUACAAUGUGAUAAUCUAAACGUCAACUGAUUUUGUGAUGAUGAGGAUGAUGAUGCACUUAACUGGUAAACCUUCUCGGAAUGACAAUGGCAACUGUACCAAAAUCCCCCAGCCCCCCUCCGAUCAUGGCUUCUCUCUCUUCCCCUGUCUCUCUUCUCUCACCACUGAUAAAGGUACACUCAGUGGGAAUCUAUAAGUUCAGAGUAUAAAGCAUCACCUGGUGGCUUGAAAGGCUCUCUGAAAAGUUAGUUUGCGCCUUUAUGGAAGGCAGCACUCGUAUUCCGCCUAAACUCACAGCAUUUACAAUAGAUUUUAAUAGAGACCCAGUAUCAAAAUGUUCUAUAGAAACUUCUCAAACCCCAGUUUGUGUAGCAUCGGGGAUUUGAGAAACUUUUAUACAUGUUUGAAUAUUGAGCUUAUGUUGUCUGACCAAAAACAAAAUGUUAUCAGGAGCUUUUCUUAGUAGAUAGUUUCCUUAGUUUAUAGGGAGAUGGUUCAGUGGUUAUCGCGUAACAAACUCCAUCUGUUUCUGGUUAGUUUUGGUUUUGGUGCUUUUGUCAAACUACUGAUUAAUCAAUAAUUAACUUUUAAGCUAAAUUGUUGUUACGUGAUAAUUAAACAGUCACUAUGGCAACUAAGCAAACUAUCUACUGACAUUUUAAAGCUCUGGAAAAAUUCUGUCUUUUUGAUCUGGACUGCUACCAAAUAUUUUUUUUGCAUUGGCGAUCAAUUU